AUGAACCAGUUCUGCUGUUGUGUAGAUGAACCGGUUCUGCAUGAUGUAGAAAUGCUCUAUGUCCGAGGAAGGCGUAGUGUUUUCGAGAUUGUACUGGAGAAACACGGUGAUCGAGCGAGAGCGAAAUACAUAUUUGGUUCUAUGAAACCAAUGCGGCCAUCUUAUUUUGAAACGGGGCAUUAUACGAUUACUUUUAUUGAUGGUAGUGUAAUGACGGAAAAAAUACUUGAAAGCAGUGCAAGCAAAAUGGAUUCCAGUGAUUCUCCAAGCAAAUCGAUCGAAACAAAAAGUUCCGCUAAAAAAUAUGGUUAUAUUGUUGAUAUGCAACCAGAUUUAUUAAUGCCUAUGGUUUCUAAAGGAGUUUUCAUUGGAAGCCAAGAUGCCGCAAUGUCUUUAAAAACAUUACGAGAUUCGUCUAUAACCCAUAUUAUCAAUUGUGCUACUGGUAUACCGAAUUUUUUUCCCGAUCAUUUCGUAUAUCUCAAAAUUGAUAUUUUCGAUUUGCCUGAAAGCGAUAUUCGUUUACAUUUUGAUAAAUGUCAUAAUUUUAUGCGGGAAUGUGUCUUAAAGGGUGGAAAUGUAUUAGUUCAUUGUAACGCUGGUUUAUCUCGAUCUGCUACAGUCGUAAUCUCAUAUAUAAUGCAUUAUGACGGAAAAUCUUUGCAAGACGCUUUGGCCCACGUUAAUGGUCUCAGACAUGUUCAUCCCAAUCCUGGUUUCAUGAUGCAGUUAAGAGAUUAUGAGCAGCAGCUGCAGUUAAAUUCAGAUCCUUGA